UUGGGUUCAUGUUUUCAGAUGCCGCAAGGACAGACUACAGAAGUGAUAAACAAAACAGAUUACAGUAUAUAUCUACAUUUAGUUUUAGUAUGUGUUGCUAUGAAAUACUAUUUGAGGUUUCCUGGCUAGAUGUCUGAAAGAAGGUGUUUCAUACAAAAACCGAUCGACUUCCUCUCCUUGACAGCAUUACUAGCGUAUCACAACGGCAGGUCAGACUCGUCUGUCUGCAAGCAAUGGAAUUUGGUCAUGUUCUCAUGUUCUUCAUAGUUCUGAUCUCCAGCACAGUAUCCGGAUCUGAAGACCAUGUGUUCGUACAGACCGGGGCUCGGUUAAACUAGUCAUAAAAAUAAAAUGCCACCACACUUUACUAGAUUCACAUGGAUUAAUGAUAAAUCUGAAAAUGUAGUCAGAAAUCAAUCAGGAGAAAUCAAACCUCACAGUUCAUAUAAGGACAGAAUGGAUUUCAAUGCUAAAACCUACUCUCUAACACUGAGAAACAUGCAGAAGAAAGAUAGUGGACUCUACAGAGCAAUCACAAGAGACAAACAAGAACUGUGUCAUGCUGAAUACAACAUAUCAGUUAUAGAUCCAGUGGAUUCUCCUGUUCUGAAAGGAAACUUCACCAUGAUAAGUGUUAACGUCUGUGUCGUGAACGUCUCAUGCAGUGGACCUGAUCAAACAAUCAGACACAGUUACCACAGCAACGACUGCACUCAAGAGGAAGUGACAUCAUCUGGAGUCCAGACUCUAGCCCUGUAUUGUAGAAAGAACAGAGUUGUCUGUAACUACAGCAAUCCAGUCAGCUGGAAGAAUCAAACUAUAGAGAUUAACCAACUUUGUACACCUUAUGAAAAAGAACAUCCAGAAGAAAACAACAGCUCUUUUCCUCUCUUCCUUUGGCUCUCGGUCAUCGCUGGUGUAUUUGUGCUGGUUUUCACAGUAGUUUCUGUAUUCUACUGCUGUUACAAGAAGCGUAAAAGGGUCCUCAACAGAAUGAUCAGACAGUCUAUGCACAAGUUCAGGUAAGCUUCAAAUACUUUGUAUAGUCAUAACAUAAAAAGAAUACUCCUAAUUCAACAAUGAAUUAAUAACUCAUAACACAUAAUUAUCUAGAAUGCACUUCACCGGAAGUCUUUCAAACAUGUUUAGUAAGAAGUAAGAAUAGUAAGAAUAUUAUUAGCCAUAGAGUUUUACAUGUACAAAAUGAUAUGACUGUUUGAUCGGAUUGUUCUGAAGCCAAUGAAUCAAGUGCAAAGACCCUGGAGAUGUUGGAGAAAUCAGCGAAUCUUCAAACUGUGUAUGGAUUUACUGGGAACACAAACAAACUCACAAUGCCAGUCAAAUGCCUAGUCGCCAGACACAGGAACAGGUGCAAACAGAAAAGCGGCCCAGCACCACCUACAGUACAGUAGGACAACACCAAAAGCCAUUAUUUACCUCUAAACCAGAUCCUACAAUUUAUUCAAUGGUGUGUAAAUCUAAGCAGGACAGACAACCUAUGCAUAAAUAGCAGAGGUUACAUUUAUGUUCAACUGUGUUUGUUGAUAGAUAUCUUGCAAUAAUUUUUAAGAUAUGAUUAACAUACUGUCACACGUGGACUCCUUUGUGUUGUUUUUGUCAUGUGCCAUGAGCUCUGUGUGACCUACUUUAGUUAAUUGUCUUAGCGUCUUCACCUGUGUCUCAUUCAUUAAGUUUUUACGUUGUGUAUUCAAGUCCUGUGAUUUCAGUUCUGUUUGUCCGAUCUCGUCUAUGUUAUUGUGGUUUAGUUCAUUUGCCUGUCUGCCUACCUCUCAGAGGUACUAAUUCUAUAUAUGUGUAUGAUUAAACUCGUUAACCUGA